CAAUUGAAGCUGUUAACUUGUCCUUUACCUCCUGGGAAAUGUAGUCCGGCUCGUCUUAACGCCUAAAAGCCCAAGUUAUCUAUAAGACUCCAUUUCCCAGCAAGCUCAGCGUUCAACGUGCGCUAUGGAGCCUCGUGUCGCAGACCUGAAGCAGAAGAUUGAGGACACUUUGUGUCCUUUUGGCUUCGAGGUUUACCCUUUCCAGGUGGCAUGGUACAAUGAACUCCUGUCUCCAGCCUUCCACUUGCCCUUCCCAGGACCUACCCUGGCCUUCCUGGUACUAAGCACACCUGCUAUGUUUGACAAAGCCCUCAAACCCUUCUUGAAGAGCUACCACCUCCAACCACCAAGAGACCCAGUGGAUCAGUGUGUGUCCCACCACCUGAGGCGUGUUAGGGAGAAGUUUCCAGAACUGCAAAUGGAAGUCAUUGCUGACUAUGAAGUCCACCCCAACCGGCGCCCUAAGAUUCUAGCCCAGACCGCAGCCCAUGUGGCAGGUGCUGCUUACUACUACCAACGACAAGAUGUGGAUGCUGACCCAUGGGGGACCCAGCACAUAGCAGGUGUGUGCAUACACCCCCGAUUUGGGGGCUGGUUUGCUAUCCGAGGAGUAAUAUUGCUGCCAGGGAUUGAAGUACCAAAUUUGCCACCCAGAAAGGCCCCUGACUGUGUGCCUACAAGAGCUGGCCGCAUCACUCUGCUCGAAGGCUUCAAUUUCCAUUGGCGUGACUGGACUUACCGGGAUGCUGUGACUCCUGAAGAACGUUACUCAGAAGAACAGAAGAUCUACUUUUCUACCCCACCUGCCCAACGCUUGGCCCUAUUAGGCUUAGCCCAGCCCUCAGAACACCCUAGCACUACACCUGAGCAUCCCAGUUCCAUGCUUACCAAGCCCCAGAAUUCCAGCAGAGCAAGAAGCUGGCUUAGCCCCAGUGUCUCACCACCUGUAUCCCCGGGCCCUUGACCUUUUCCCCAGUGAGAUAUCACUUAUGUUAGAUUUAUUUUGGGUAAAAUUUGGGGUUUUGAAAAAGCACUUUUGUUUUUUUGUUUUGUUUUGUUUUUUGGUUUUGGUUUUUUCAAGACAGGGUUUCUCUGUGUAGUUUUGGUGCCUGUCCUGGAAUUCACUCUGUAGACCAGCCUGGCCUCCAACUCACAGAGGUCUGCCUGUCUCUGCUUCCCAAAUGCUGGGAUUAAAGACAUAUGCUGCCACCACCCAGUAAAAAAAGCACAUUUUAUUUGAGUAUUAUAAUAGCUCUUCAAAGAGAGUCAAGAUUCACUUUACUGGUCAAGACAAAUCACAUGCCAAGGCAGACUCAAAAUCAGCAGCUGCCUUCAAAUAUUGGACUCAUACCUGUUACUAUUUUUGUGUAGUACUCUAAGAUACUAUUUAGAGUUGUGGUUCUCAAUCUUCCUAAUGCAACCCUUUAAUACGGUUAGUUUUGUUGUGGUAACCCCCAUCCAUAAAAUUAUUUUCAUUGUUAUUGAAAUAACUAUAAUUUUGAUAGCUAUAAAUCAUAAUGUAAAUAUGUUUUCAGAUGGUCUUAGGCGACCCCUGUGAAAGGGCCCUUCAACUCCCAAAGGGGUCCUUGACCCACAGGCUGCGAACCACUGAUUUAGAGGAUCCUAGGGGCAUACACCCUUUAAGUGGUACCUACCACAUAGGGCUAUGCCAAGUCAUUAUUUGAAUAAAGUACUUUGAAACUGUCUGACAUACAGUAAGUAGUAUGUUAUUACUAAAGGCUUAAGGAAUCUUACACUUCUGCUCAAAUAGAUCUAGUUUGAUUAUGGAAUGUUGGAAGGCCAUGAUGGUACAAGACUGUUUUGUCUGCUGUUAUCAAGAAUCCAGAAGAAAUUUCUUGCUGACUUAACAGUGAGGGUCAAGAAUAUUCUCUAAUCACAGCUAGAAUGAAACAAGUAGAAUAGAAUCCUAUCCAAAACCUUUGUUUGCCUGUUCUCUCCAGAGAUGGCCGCUUCCCAAUCCUGAUUGUUCCAGUGUCACUGCCAGGGUCUGAGGAGGUGGUUUAGUCAGUAAAGUGCAAAAGGAUGAGGUUUACCUGUGUGAGGAAUGAGGUCCUGUCUUUAAAAGAAAAAGAAAAAAAGCUGCCUCACAAUCAACUGAAAGUAUAUACAUGCAUACAGAAGUGAGCGUUUUAUUUUUCCAUUGUGUAUGGAAGAGCAAACCCAAGCCCUACUACACUGUUAGCCAUGGCACUACAGUUAAUAUUUGCUGGGUUGCAAAUGAUAGUUCCAGUAAGAUUACUUGUAGUGUUUAUAAUGCUGGGAGGGUUGCAUGGAAACAGAAUUUUUGCUUCUUAGGAUAAAUGCAAAAUAAUAGGCCAGCAACAGGUUUAUUAGGUAAAGAUGCUUGCCACCAAGCCUGCCAUCCACAUGGUGGAAGGAGAGAACAGACUCAUGGAAGCUGUCCUCUUGACCCCAUAUACACAGAUGCACCCCUUCCCCCAUAAACGUGAUUUAAAAGGAAGAAAAGAAAUGGCCAAGCCUAUAAAUUCUUCAAUCCCAGAACUGAGAUGAGUGCAAGAUUAAAGCCGACCUAGUCUUUUGUGGGAGCCCAUUUUCGUUUACCCAGCAGGUCCGCAUAGAGGAUGGUUAGGACCACGGGCCUGAGUGCAGGUGUCUGAGAUGGUCUGCACUUGGCUGUGCUGGGGGAGGAGGUCUUUUGCUCCACCCCUUGGUGUCUCUAUAAAUACCCUGGAGCAGAGACAGUCGGUCGUUGGAAAAGGUUCCAGGCCCUCUUGAGGCUAUCCUUUAUUUUCUAUCUGUUUAUCUCCGCAAUAAAUCCUUCUAUCUAAUAUUUCCUGCUGCUCGCACUCAAGAAAACUCUGGGGAACUGUGGGGGUGGUGGGCAAACGCCCCACAGAAUGGCGCCAUGAACAGGGACUAAAGAAAAAAGAAAAAAAAAGGACUAAAGAAAAAAGGGGGGGACUAAACACAAAUGAACAGGGACUAAAGACAAAGUAAUAGGGACUAAAGAUAAAGGAAAAUAAUAGUUUUAUUAGAGUUUUUGGUGAAAGUGUGAGUCAGCCCUGCCAGUGGAAAGGCAUGCCAGUAUUAUGGAAAAUAUAUAUUUUAUAUAUAUAUAUAUUAUUGAGAGGCAGGGGUUUUAUCCUUGAGAGAAAAGGAAAGCGAACUGGAAGGAUGUCCGGUGCUGCAGCGAAAUUCUCUUCUGUGAAAAUUUUCUAUCUUCUAUCCCUCUCUCAAUUUCUAUCUGAAAAAUAAGUAUAAGGUAUAGGGUAGUAAUAUAGUGUAGGAAAACCUUAGAAGUGUAAGAUCGUGUAGGAAAAAAUAAGUAAGGCAACUAGACAGAAAAACUCUUCAGUUUUCUAACUUUGGGGGCUAUGAAUGCAAACUGGGGGGAAAAAAUCUAUCUUUGGGCUUUACGGGUAGUAAAAAAAAGCUGUUCUUUGAGCUUAUGGGGAAAAAAAGUUUCCUAUGGAAGCUUUUGAACUGGGGACAGUUGAAAUGCUAAGUCCAAGUGGCAGGAGAAAGUAAUUUCUCCCUGAGGCAAAAAUGGAGGCGUAAGAAGUCAAAGUUUAAAGUUGGCAAGUUUUGGGAAAAGUUCGUCUUUCUUUCUCCUGGGGAAAAAAAAAAUCUUUCUCAAACCAUAAAGCUUUUCUUGGAAAACUUGGGGGAAAAAAUCUCUCUAAAAAGCCUUAAUCUUUCUCAAAAGCUCUCUUAAACUUAAAAACUAAAGCCUUUAACUUUCUCAUAAGGACAAAUUAGAAUCACCUGAAGAUAUUAGUAUGGGGACCACCUGUGAUUAGCUCAAAGGGAAAACAACAAACCUCUUAAGACAGCAAAACCUCUCCAAGUUCUCUUUCAAGCUUUAAAAAUCCUCCCUGCAAUGCAGGAGGCAGGGCCAAGUUCCUAAAAACCUCUUCUAAGCUCCGUCUCUUCAAGCUGGUAAAAGACAGAGGGUCAGAGUACCCUGAGGGAAACGCUUGGGACAGUGUGGGUAAAGAGCUACAGAGAGCCCAAAAGGGCAGGAAACUUUACCUGAGAAAAGCAAAAAUGCCAAGCUUUUCAGUUACAGCGGAGCUGAGGCAUCAAGGGUUUUGUUUGAGUGAGCCUUUCAGAAUGAAAGGGUGCUCCUAAUCGUCCUAAUGCAAAGAUCCUCUGAAGCAAUGCAAACUGUUAGCAUUGUAUCCUGGCUUCUGAGCAAAAACCCAGGGGCGACUGGCCAGUGUCUCUGAGUUGGAGUGCAUUUCGGGGGUACUAGGGUUCCUGCAGUUGCAAACUUCCUGGAGCACAGAGCUGAGGCAGGAAGGUGCAGGACCCAGGGGAAGAAUGCUAAUGAACAAACAAAACUAAAGCCAGUGGGAAUGGCACAGUUGUCUGCUUUCCUAUAAGUCCCGGGUUGAUAGGUCCACAGCUGCAAAAAGAAAUCUGAGAAAAGCUUUCCUAUUAGAGAAAGGACCUUUCUGGGAAAACAGUAAAGCUGAACUGUCUGAAGCAGUUGUGCUGCCGAGUCAGAACGCUGUCUGGGGAAAGAGCCCAGCCAGGGCAGAACAGAACUAUCCAGGAGUAAGCUUUCUUUUCUGUCAGAGAAAGCACCUCUUUGAGAAAAGCUUUAUUUUAACUGACUCCCGAUGAGAUGAGGGAGUGUAGCCCUGAGGGGUGAUUGCCUCUGGUAUAAGCACCCAGACAAGCAAAUGCAACCCACUGGGGGACUGGGCCUGGUGAAGGCCUGAUGAAACAAAACGUCUGUCCUAAUGGGAGUUUAGAAAUGGCAAAAACGCCGGGCGGUGGUGGCGCACGCCUUUAAUCCCAGCACUCGGGAGGCAGAGGCAGGUGGAUCUUUGUGAGUUCGAGGCCAGCCUGGUCUACAGAGCGAGAUCCAGGAAAAGGCGCAAAGCUACACAGAGAAACCCUGUCUCAAAAAACCAAAAAAAAAAAAAAAAGAUAGAAAUGGCAAAAACAUCCCUUGUUAGAUUUUCAGUCUGUACGCAAACCACACAGACCCAGAAAACAAAUGGACAAAAAGCCCCUACCUUCAGUAGCAGGGAAAGCCGUCACUGUAGUGUCGGAAAUUUUCUGGGGUAGAGGGGAUAAACUGAGACCAAACUGGAUACUGUCAGGGAGAAAGACUCUGAAGAAAGAGAAGGGACAUAUUCCUCCCCAGAAAAUGCAUGACCUGAAAAAGCUGCUAGAAUUUGAGGCAGAUGGGGGGGGG